AUGGAUGCGUUGAAGUUUCCUCGCCUUUUGAGUGCAGUCUGGACCAUUGCCCUGGCCAUACAUCGCCUGUACUUCCACCCUCUGAAGUCACACCCAGGGCCUUUCUUCGGGCGUAUCAGUGACUUCUACAACACAUACCACAUCUUUGCCAAAGAUGAGGCACAGAAUUUUCACAGGCUGCAUGAGCGCUAUGGGCCCGUUGUUCGCUACGGGCCUAACAGGCUCAGCAUCGCUACACCUGGCGCCGUGAGGAUGCUCUACACCAACAGUCGCUACACUCGCAAGGCUGACAGCUAUCUUGCCUUUCCACGGGAUCCCACGAAUGCGAGUCUCUUCUCGAGCAUCAACAAAGAAGUACAUGCUCGCAAGCGCCGCGUUUUGCGCUACGGCUUUUCGGACAGUGCCCUAAAAGAGGCGGAAGUGACUAUCAAAAGAUAUGUUGCCAUUCUCUUGCGUUGCCUUGAGCACCUUCCCGACGACCAUGCACAUGGAUGGACUGUCGACGAGAAAAAAUCGACGGGGCAGUGGAGCACUCCAAAGAACUGGGCGGAAUGGAUCAACAGGUAUUCAUUUGAUCUUUCAACCGAUCUUUCCUUGAGCGAGUCUUUCGAUAUGAUGCGGCUUGGCGAGAGGAGGCAUUUUGCGGAUCUGAUUCACGAAAAUAUGUGGGCUGAGAAUGUGACUGGCUCCUCACUCACACUCAUGCACCGCCUUGGUCUGCGCAACCUGUUACUAUCACGAUGGGUGCGAACCAGCAAGCCGUUUGACGACUUUGUCGAGCGUGCAGCGGCCGCACGGAUCGAACAGACUACCACAGGAGUCGAGCUGGGCAAGAAGGACUUCAUGACCUGGCUCACAAACAACUCCAAUGUGCAUGAGGAUGUUUCAAUGGACGAGAUCAAGGAAGAAGCUAUAUUGCUAAUCACAGCCGGCGGCGAUACUACCUCUACGACCAUUUCAUCGGCCAUGUACUAUCUCCUCCAUGAGCCUGGAAAGCUAGAAAAGCUACAAGCUGAAAUCCGCCGGACCUUCUCCCGUGUAGAAGACAUAUGCCUGGGCAGUGCGCUGAAUUCCUGCACGUACUUGCGAGCAUGCAUCGAAGAGGCUUUACGCAUAUCACCACCAGCUGGUUCCGUACUCCGACGCGAGGUGGAAGUGGGCGGGGUAAAUGUCGAUAACCAGUACAUUCCUGGAGGCACAAAUGUCGGUGUCCCUGUAUCGGCCAUGCAUCACGACGCAAGCUACUUCCCUUCACCGUUGAAGUUCCAACCCGAGCGCUGGAUCCCCGGCUCUGUACUCGCAGACGGCACAGAGGUUACGCCCGAGUUUGUCAAGCGUGCUUAUAGUGCAUUCUUGCCGUUCAGCGCGGGAACAAGAGGAUGCAUAGGCAAGCCGCUGGCGUACCAUGGCAUUUCGAUUCUCUAUGCGACCAUGUUGUUUCAGUAUGACAUUCGUCUGUCCCGCGAGAGGUGGGCAAAUGGGCACCGCAGCGGUCUGGGACCAGAUCCGACCAUGAAGUAUGAGCUUGAGGAUAUUUUCACGUCAUGGAAGAACGGUCCGCUGGUUGAAUUCAAGGCCAGACAUGCUUGA